AUGUUAGAAUUAAUCGCUCCUUCUCCGACACCACGCAACAACACGCUCAUCCAUCUCCCUCACCUCCUCCCAAAUACCUCUAUUUUUCACUUCCGCCAUCGCCGAAUCUUUGCAGUUAAAUUGCCCUGCUGCGGAUUCAGCUAUGGCGAUGAGAAUGGAGCUGUCCUAUUUGGGCCACGAUCUCUCAAGGGCUUCAAGAAGAAGAGGGGUAGCGAUUUUAGGACCCUUUUGAGAGCAAGUCGCAGAGAAUCCCCAUACGAGGUUUUGGGCUUGCCCCAAUCUGCAACUGCUGAUGAAAUCAAAAGGGCAUACCGGAAACUAGCUUUGAAGUAUCACCCUGACGUUAAUAAAGAGGCAAAUGCAAAGGAGAAAUUUAUGAGGAUAAAGCAUGCUUACAAUAUUUUGCUGAAUCCUGAAUCUCGGAGCAAAUAUAACACUGGGGAUCGAACAUCAGAUUUCUCCUACUCCAAUGGACGAAACAAAAAUGCCCAAGAAGAAGAAUUUUAUGGAUUGGGCGACUUUUUUAGAGACCUUCAAGAAGAAUUUCGAAAUUGGGAAGCAAGUGCCUCUUCACAGGGGAGGCCAAAGAGUCUUUGGGAAGAACUUGCGGAAAUCGGGGAAGAAUUUGUGGAGUACCUUGAAAAGGAGCUCAACAUUAUGGAUUCGGUGACCGAGCCAAACGAGGAGACUGGUCAAGAAAAUACUUUCACGAGCCCUACGGAAGAGAAAAGAGAAAGCCCGGCUGGAAAAAGUAGCAGUCUUGAGGAGAACAUUGACGAAAUCGAAGCUACGCUUGCAAAGCUGAAAAAGGAAUUAGGUUGGAUCUUAAUCGGACCACGUAUAAUUCUUGGUGGCUUAGGCUUCUAA